AUUAACUUUAAAGUAUUAUUAUAUAAGCUAUACAGAAAUGUCACACAAUCAAUAUGUUAUGGUCAUAUUUGCCAUAUUACAUUUAUGUACAGUUGGUCACUGUAGUGAUUCAAGCGCUAUAUUAGACGAACCCCCGUCCCGGUCGAGCGCCUGGAGGUUUUUCUUUAAAACACUCAACAAUUCAUUGGACGGGUACACCAAUUGUGGGGGUUUUGAUACCCAAUGGAACAUUAACCAGGGCAAAUGUGGGGUUUGUGGCGACCCUUAUAACUCACUGGUACAUAAGCACCGGUGGGUUAUUCCCACUAAAGAUAAUGACGUUAUUUAUGAGAUUCGUGUGAAACUGCCGGUUGGGUUGACGUGCGAGAGGUGUGUAUUUCAGUGGACAUGGAUUACCAAUGAAAGGGCUGGCGAUAAACAGACUACACAUAAAGCCUGCUCAGAUGUCAAGAUUAUUAAA